GCAGGAGAAUGUCAGAAAAAAGAGUCCAACAAUACUUCAGAUGAUGACAGCUGUGAGAAGGCGGAACUAAAUGCACAGCAAGCAUUUGUAUUUGGGCAAAACUUAAGAGAUAGAGUUAAGCUAGGAGAUGAAAGCGAUGAAACUGCCGAUGUGCAGAAUGCUGGGCUUCCUCCAUCAGACGUACCUUCUGCAACAAAUUAUUUUCUACAGUACAUCAGUUCCAGUGUAGAGAACUCUACAAACAGUGCAGAUACAUCUAGCAACAAGUUUGUUUUUGGACAGAACAUGAGUGAGCGAGUCCUAAGUCCACCAAAAUCAAAUGAAGGUAGUACAGAGAGUAAUAAGGAGAAUGCUGCUACAGAGUCUGGGUCUGAAUCAUCUUCUCAGGAAGCCACACCAGAGAAAGAAUCACUGGCAGAGUCUGCAGCAGCCUAUACUAAAGCAACAGCAAGGAAGUGUUUAUUAGCGAAGGUAGAAGUGAUUACUGGGGAGGAAGCUGAAAGUAAUGUGUUACAGAUUCAGUGCAAGCUGUUUGUGUUUGAUAAAAACUCUCAGUCUUGGGUGGAAAGAGGUCGCGGACUUCUGAGACUCAAUGAUAUGGCCUCAACAGAUGAUGGAACAUUACAGUCUCGGCUGGUGAUGAGGACUCAGGGGAGUCUCAGGUUAAUCCUAAAUACCAAGCUCUGGGCUCAGAUGCAGAUCGAUAAAGCCAGUGAGAAAAGUAUCCGGAUCACUGCCAUGGAUACAGAGGACCAGGGAGUUAAAGUUUUUCUUAUAUCGGCAAGCUCUAAAGAUACAGGGCAGCUCUAUGCUGCAUUACACCAUCGGAUCUUGGCAUUGCGGAGUAGAGUGGAACAAGAGCAAGAAGUCAAGAAUGUAGCACCUGAGCCAGAGGUAACGCAAUCAAAUGAGGAAGACAGUGAUGAUGAUGUCAUUGCACCUUCAGGAUCAGUUGGAAGUGGUCCUAAUGAUGAAGGUGACGGGCAGAAUGUUGGCAGCACAUAGCAGAUGUGAGCUGAUCUGCUUGCAAGGCUGCUAUGAACACCAUCUUGCAGGCAUCUCUGGAUACUCCAGGCCAGCUAUUAUUUCAGGCAGUGUUGAAGGCUCCAGGACUUAAGAACUGUGCAUCCCUGUUCUGUUUGUUUGGUUUUUUGGUCUGGAUCAGUAGAUUCCACACAAAAAAAGCAGACUUGGAAACUACCUGAAUGUGGUUUGGGACGUGAAAGCUCAUCAUAUUGAUGAG